CACUCCCCUCCAUUCUGCAACACAACACAAAUCCUCUCUCGCACGAAAACGAUAUCACAAUGGCAGGCGAAAGACUCAGCUCUAUCCUCAAGCACUUGACACCUGGAUCUUCAGGAUUGUCUACAAUUACUGCGAAGCAUGCCGACGAUGUUGUCAUUACUCUUGCGAUUCGAACACCACUUGCCAAGGGUUUCAAGGGAAGCUUUAAGGACACAGAACUGGAUUAUCUUGUCUACUCGUUGCUGAAACAAGUCGUACAAAAGUCCAGGAUUGACCCACAAUUGGUUGAGGAUAUCUGCUGUGGCAAUGUCUCGGAUGGAAAAGCUGCCUACAAGCUUCGAGCUGCCGCUCUUGCAGCUGGCUUCCCAAAUACGACUGCCGCCUCUACUGUAAAUCGAUUUUGUUCCUCGGGUCUCAAGGCUACACAAGAUAUUGCAAACCAAAUUGCUUCAGGAAGCAUUGAAAUUGGUGUCGCUAUGGGUGCAGAGAUGAUGUCGAUUGGUGGUGACCGACUCGAGAAACCGUUCCACCCCGAAAUCCUACAAAACCAAGAAUCCGCUGACUGCAUGCAACCCAUGGGUCAAACAUCAGAAAAUGUUGGCAAGGAUUUCAAUAUUUCGAGAGAGAUGCAAGAUAGAUUUGCUGCGGAAAGUUAUCGACGUGCUGAGGUUGCUCAAAAGGCAGGCUGGUUCGAAGAUGAAAUUGUGCCAAUUACUACCGAGGUUAAAGAUCCAAAAACUGGGGAUCUCAAGAAGGUUACUGUGACCAAGGAUGAGGGUCCAAGAUGGGGAACAACGUUUGAGGGGUUGAGCAAGAUUCGUCCUGCUUUCCCUGACUUUGGUGACAAAUCGACUGGUGGAAACUCUUCUCAAGUUACUGAUGGAGCCGCUGCCGUUCUCUUGAUGAAGCGUUCUCGUGCUAUCGAACUCGGCCAGCCCAUCCUUGCCAAAUAUGUUGGAGCUACCGUUGCUGGUCUUGCUCCCAGAAUCAUGGGUAUUGGUCCAUCUAUUGCCAUCCCAAAGCUUCUCGGCAAAUUCAACAUUACUAUCGAUGAUUGCGAUAUUAUCGAAGUUAACGAGGCUUUUGCUUCUAUGGCGGUUUAUUGUAAGGAUGUCUUGAAGAUUCCACACGAGAAGAUGAACAUUCGAGGUGGUGCUAUUGCUCUUGGUCAUCCUUUGGGAGCAACUGGCGCAAGACAGAUUGUCACUGGUCUCAGCGAAUGCAGGAGACAAAAGAAGAAGAUUUUGUUGACGAGUAUGUGUAUUGGCACUGGACAGGGAAUGGCUGGUUUGUUUGUUAAUGAACAGCUAUGAAUAGCACUAAGUGGCAUGCAUCAAAAUUGAGCUGGCACAGGCAAUGAAUAUGUUAUCAAAAGAACGGGCUCCAAAUUUUCUCUGAACUCUCUGUAUG